AGCAGUUGCCCAGCUGCCGCCCGGCGCUUCCUGUUUCCGGUUCCCGGAGUGGAGCACCGCGAGGCGCCGUGGGGAACGCUGGCGGUGACAAGCUCCCUGGGACCGGGGUCUGCGGCUGGCCCCUCGCUGGCCCUGUCUCCCAGCCCCAGGCAGGGACUCCCCUUGGGAGUCUGAACUUUGACCACUCCCUUUGCCCACGACACCAUAUACACUUUCUCCCAAAAGGAUGUCCCCCUUCUACAGCUGCUGGGGGACUGGACCACUGCUGCUGCUCCUCCUGGCCAUCACGGUAAGAGAAUCCUGGCAGGCAGAAGAAAAAACCUGCGACCUGGUAGGAGAAAAGGGCAGAGAAUCAGAGAGAGAGUUGGCUGUACUGAAGAGGAUGACACCCCUGUUUAACAAAAGCUUUGAGAGCACUGUGGGCCAGGGGCAAGACACGUAUAUGUACAGAUUCAGGGUGUGCAGGGAAGCUGGUAACCACUCCUCCGGGGCAGGCUUGGUGCAGAUCAACAAAAGUAACGGGAAGGAGACAGUAGUGGGGAGAAUCAACGAGACUCACAUCUUCAAUGGAAGUAAUUGGAUUAUGCUGAUCUAUAAAGGGGGUGAUGAAUAUGACAAUCACUGUGGCAAGGAGCAGCGUCGUGCAGUGGUGAUGAUCUCCUGCAAUCGACACACCCUAGCGGACAAUUUUAUCCCUGUAUCUGAGGAGCGAGGCAAAGUCCAAGAUUGUUUCUACCUCUUUGAGAUGGAGAGUAGCCUGGCCUGUUCCCCAGAGGUCUCCCACCUCAGUGUGGGUUCUAUCUUACUUGUCACGUUUGCAUCACUGGUUGCUGUCUAUAUCAUCGGGGGGUUCCUAUACCAGCGAUUGGUGGUGGGAGCCAAGGGAAUGGAGCAGUUUCCCCACUUAGCCUUCUGGCAGGAUGUUGGCAACCUGGUAGCAGAUGGUUGUGACUUUGUGUGCCGUUCUAAACCCCGAAAUGUGCCUGCUACAUAUCGUGGUGUGGGGGAUGAUCAGCUGGGGGAGGAUUCAGAAGAAAGGGAUGAUCAUUUACUACCAAUGUGAAUGCACUUUAUACGCCCAGCUUCUUCAGUCCCCCAAACCAAAGCAUACUCAGCCAGAUUUCUUAAGCAGUCUAUUGCAGCCUCUCAUCUCACCCUAAAUGUUGCUCUUGCUUUCAAUUUGCUUUUGGUUUACAUCCUUUUCUCACUAUAGAAAUGCCUUCCCUUUGUUCCCUAUUUUUGUUUUUCCCUCUAGAGAGGUACUAUAAUAAGGCCUGUGACAAAAGGCACUAUGUCUUGGUAUAGGAAGGUACAUGUAGGACUAGUUAUGAGCAAAAGCAUGUGGCAGAUUUGCUGGCCUUUUCAAACACAUUUUCACAAGUUUUUGAGACACUGGAAUUCUUUAAUUAAAAAAAAAAAGGAAAGAAACAUUAUUUAUACAAGGUUUGAUUGCUUUCAUGCUCAUAGUCUCCAUGAGAAUUUGCAUGUAAGUUCCUGCUGCUUGGAACUACUUUGCAGUCAAUACUUGGUUGUAGUCCAAGUAGUCAUUUGGUCUGAACCUGGGGAUGUGGUGGACCUGCUUCUCCCACCUGUGGGGUUAGGAUGGGAAAAAGUGAAAUUUCCCAGGUAGAGGAGUAUAAGGUACCAUCACAUCAUUCAUUGGCAUUUUAGUAACUUUGUAGCUGGAACUGGCCCUCGAUUGUGGUCUUGCAGUUACUAGUUCACAUGUAGCCAAAAUGCCUAACCCACAGGUCUGAUCCUUAAACAGGGAAACUGAAAGUGAUCUCUCCCACUUGGAGUAAAAGUUGGUAAAGCCUUUCUUACCAGUGUUUCUAAACAGGGAGCACUUUCUUCACAGGCUUGUCAUUUUGACUUUAUUUUUUCAAUCUUCUGGAAAGGGAAUGGAGGUAGAAGCAGGACAUCUAGGGCUCUGCAUUCUCUGCUCUAGGCGUGGAAUCCUACUAUGCCUGUCCCUGCUUCUGGCUCAGGGAAGUAUCUUCUUGCCCACAUUUCUGUGGGGAGUUUUUAAUGCUCUCCACCUUUCUAUUUAGGCCAUGUGCCCAGAAACCUGGCCUGAUCUUUAUUUAAUAGUGAACCUGUGCCAUUGAAGAGUAACCUGGCUCCACGGGGCACCAGAGGAUGGAAUCAACAGGCAGGGGCCUUUUAUAGCCUUAGAGGAGAAAAUGAUAUUAUUUCAUCCUUGGACUUUUAAAUACUGUUGGAAUGACUUUUGUCUUUAUAAACAGGGAAAAUAAUGUUACAGAAAA